AAUUCGAAUUCUUAAAUAAUCUAAUGUCAGGAUUGGUCCACACGUGAUGCCGGAGCAGCAGCAGCACCCUAUAACUCCUUCACCUCGUCGUUUUGCCCCCGGACGCGAUGGCCGUCAACAGGAAGAUAGAUUUUUACCAGCCGGUCAAUUUGCGCGCAGUCCUAGAUUCAGUCUCAAUACGAGGGGUACUAGUCAGAGCCUGCCAUUGUCCACUGCACCGAGGACAGGUGAUCUGCCUCGCGGUAGUUCCCUGAAGCAAGUAUUAGACCGGAGAGAGACGAUAGAAGACUCUUCACAGCGGUCGCCUGAGCAUCUCGAAGAUGAUGACUCUGACCGCUUUGGGGACGAGGGCAUUCUAACCAGUGCUACCAUUGAACAAAGCCAUUAUGGCGAGCCUUCAGGAUGCCUUGACAUCGAUGAGUCUCCGAAAGGACAAGAUUCUCCUAAACAGCUGAAGCGGCGGCGACUUUCAGAUUCCGGAAAUGCAAACGGUCCCAUUUCACCAAAUGGUCCAAUGUCUUAUCGAUCCAAGCGCUUCCUACAUGUAAAGCCGCCCUUGUUCUCAGAUCAAGACACGUCUUUGGAUGAUGCUCUUGCAGCUGCGACUCCAACCCGCGACAGACCUCGGCCGGCCUUCCUUUUACCAGUAGCUACAUCCGCAGAUGCUACUGUACCAUCUCAUCCGCUACCUGAUGCAUUUUCACCCCAUCGUAAAGGCCAGAAAUUUAUCCCCGGUGGUAUGGCGGACACGUUACGUAGUUGGGUUGUGGAUGUAGCCUCCUUUGCAUCAGAGUCACUGGUGGAUAACCGUACGCAUGUCCCAGGCCAGCCCAUAUGCCAUCCGAAAGCUAUCUUCCAUGCUUCAAACUUUGUGCCUGAAGACGGCUCUAAAGAUAUAGGAUUGGCCGCCGGGUCGUGGUUUCUAGCGCAAGGCGACCUACGGGACCUGCAUGGAAAUCGAAGUCGUCGGAAGAUCCUAUUUGCAGUAAAGACUUCGAAUCGUCACGAUGUAGACCUGAGGAGCGAUACAGCAAUCGUAAUUUCUCCACCCUUCUGGGAGGUGCGUAUUGAUAAUGAAGAUUGGCUUGUGGCAGUCGAAUGGAGUCUGGCGUAGAGUAUCGAUCUUUACUUUUUUCUUCGCUUCGGCACAAAGAAAUAGCCAUGCUACGCAAUGCUUAUUGGUGGACCAAAAGCCCUUUCCACAGGAUGGCUAUAUUGCAUAUCUCAUCACGACAAGGACCAGGUGAUGGCACAAUUUUACGACGGAAAAGGUACGAUUGCACGCCAUGGA